UCCAAGAUGGCGUCCAAAACCGUUGCAUAGCAUACGGAACGGUAACUAGAACAUGUACGGUACACGAAUAGUAAGCGUUCUCCUUCGUCGAACACAACAAUUCUUGAACAGUGACGGAUAUAAGAAAUGGCGCUCAGUAUGUUCCUGGAACAUGUUGAACGCAAUUUGUGUGACCUUUCCUAUCAAUUUAGCGCUGAAACCAUGGAUCACAUGCACAGAGCAACACAGCAGAUUGUUGAACUGGUCGUGGAUGACAUAGGGAGAAUAAAACCUCACCUGGAUGUUAAGGAAGUAAUAAGCGUUGGGAGUUUUGCAGAGGGAACUAAGAUUUGUUCUCCAAAUGAGUUUGACUUCAUGGCGUGUUUUGAUUUCCUCUCUAGGAGUGAAAAUGUGCGAAUUGAGGGCACUGAAGGUUGCCAACCAGGUUACAUGGUGGCUUUUCUCAACUCUGGCUUCGAUGAGGCCAUGGCGAACAUAACUAGGCGACUCUACAAGGAUAUUUGCUGCAUACACCAAGAAGGAUUGCGUGUAGAGUUUGUGGAUACUCUGAAAGAGGUUGUUAAAGCCUUGUCAAAGAAGAAGAUUGUGACUCCACAUGGUGUCAUGGUCAUUAAAGGUUCAGACUAUUUAGCUUUGAAAUUAGAGUGGCACAAGUUUAAGGAGAACUAUGAAGGUCCUGAAAUAUAUAGUGGACUUUGUGAAAGAGACUUGACAUUAACAACUUCCUACUCACUAGAUAUUAGUGUUGAUAUUAUGCCAGCAGUGUCUGUUGAAGACUUUUCUCCUCUAAGUGAUAUCCAUGGUUUUCCUAGGUAUGUAUUUGGAAUGACAGGAAACCUAAAGUUUCAUCUUGUGUGCAAAGUGUCAGGGCAGUCCCCCAAUGCACCUUAUCUCCACAUUUCCCACGCUACCACUGAGGUUUUUCUGGUGCGCCAUCUACAUCCAAUCCAUAAAAAAUGCUACAGGGUACUGAAGUAUCUUCUAACUCACAACACAUAUUUUAACAGGCCAAUAAAAGACAUUAGCCUGUCUUCUUAUGUGUUUAAAACUGCUGUCCUUUUCCAUGAACAUGAGAAGCUGUGCUCAGGUACUCCAGAUACUGUAACCUGCUGCAUUGAAAUUAUACAGUAUGUCAGAGUCAAAUUAAGGCAGGGUGUGUUUCCACCAUUCCUGAUGAGGACAACAAAUGUUUGGGGGCAGUGUUAUAAAAUUCCUGUAUCACAUGCGUGGAGGCCAUCAGGUCUAAACAGAGAAAUCUGCUCAUUUGACUGGUGUUUUGUUUUGUGGUUUCAGCUUUGGAGGCAAUUUCUUGGCAAGGCACUGACAAUAUUUCGAAAAAUAAAACUAAAAUUGCAAACAGAAGAACCAGAAACCAGUGAUAGCAGCACUUUAUUGAAUGAUGCUUCACUGACUUCACUAAACAACAUGUCUCAGACACGUAAUUUAGUGGAUUAUAUUCCAAAUAAGUAUGAUUCAUUUCUUGAUGAGUUUGCAGUUUUAAGAGAGGAUGCAUUUGUCAUUACAACUAAGUACUCUGGAGAUGCAAAAGAUACACAGACAAUUAGUUUGGUUAGCAGAUGUCCGUCAGAAAAAGUCUGGGAAUUAGUUCUACCUAAAUUUCCAGAAUAUCUCAGUCGAAUUGAAAGUGUGUGCAGCAGGGAAAUAAGUAUCCCGAAGGAAGAGUUUGAGGAAGUGGUAGAAGUGGGCUGAUAUUUUCUUGAAAAUCUACCCUGCCUUUUCUCAUCAAUCAAUGGCAAGGGAAUAUUUCCAUGAUUAAUGUCACAGCUCCUGUGUUAAUGUAAAUUUAUUAUGCAAUUCCUUCCUUAGAAUUACCAACAUCAGUUGAUUUUACAGCAAUGGCAUAAAAAGGUAGCUAAUCAUUGCUCAACAAGUUUAACUCAUUUUCUCUUCGUAAAGGUCACUGCAGUGACAUUUUACCCAUUCAAGAGCACCCUUGAUUCUAGCUUUUAACACUCCCACCUCUUCAAAAAUUGAUUCAUGGGAUAAAAUGCAACUUUUUGCCAAGUGUAAACAUAACCUCUUACCUGGUUUAGAGAUAACUUAGUAUUGGCUUUGAACCCUCUCCUGCAGGGCAUUUUUAACUUUGUUGAUUACAAUGAUUUGCUAAAAUUUAAAAGAGGCCAUCAAACUAGUUUUUAAGCGUAAACUUCCAGAGGAUGUCAAGCUGGCCAAUGAUGUUAAUGUUUUUUAAGUCUAAGCUAAGAUCAAUUCAGCUAUAAUUUUUAUAUUUUUUAAGUUUUUUUUUCUGGUGUGUAAUUUUUUUAACAUUUUAUAUUCAUGUGUACAUAGAUUAUAGAUUAUGUAUUUAAAUUUCUUUUUUUCUUUUAAUAUUGGACUUAAUUGUAAUUGUAGAUUUAAUGCAUGUUCAUAUUUUGAACAAGCACUUGUGCUCUUGGACAAUAACGUGGAUAAAUAAAUUAUUGUAUCGUAUUGAAAAUACCCAAAUUUUGCAUAAACUUUUGUUCUUAAAUAAUCCAGGGAGGCCUGCAUAUUCCAAGAACAUUUGAAAACUAUAACUUAUGCAAAAUUUGGGAAGAGGGGAGGGCAAAUAGACUGUAUUAUGGGGAAUUAGAAAA